CGAGCCCCGUGUCUGAACAGCUCGCCGCGAGGUCACGAGGCCGGGCCCCUAUCUUCAGUGCCGGAUCGAGGCCACCCACAGAGGGAGAGACGAGGGGCAGCAUGGUCGUCCUAACCUUCUCUCGUCUUCUCCCCCAAACCCCAUCGCCACCGCGCGCCGCCCUCUCCCGACCGGCGCGCCACGUUCGCGGCCUCAUCCAGAUCCGGUCACCACCGUCGUGGCCCCCUCCACUCCUCUCUUUCGCACCCGUCCGCCGCCCGCUUCGCUCCUCAGCCCAAGAAAACGGCGGCGCAUCCGAAACCCUAGAGGAGGAGGAUGCAGCGGCGGGGGAGGAGACUUCUGGAAAGAAGAAAGAGGAUGAGAAGCAAGCCGCCGCCGCAUCGGCGACGCCGUCGGUGCCAGAGGAGAUCAAGGAGAUGAUGGAGGCGAGGAAGAAGUCGUCGCCGGCGCUGGAUCUGUGGGGAGGGGUGGCGGAGGAGGUGAGGGAGAUCGAGUGGCCGGCGUUCGGGAAGGUCCUAGGUACCACCGGCGUCGUCCUCGCCGUCAUCGCCGGCUCCAGCGUCGCUCUUCUCACCGUCAACGCCAUCCUCGCCGAGUUAUCCGACCGGGUCUUCGCCGGCAGGGGCCUCCAGGACUUCUUCGGAUAAGACUACUCUGGCUCCCUUCGUCCCCACACUCUCUGCUCAAAUUUUGAUGUUUCCCUCCUUUUUUCCCCACUCCCCUUCUUUCAUCCUCCACUUUCCGAUGUACAUUAUUAUUUUUCCGCUAAAAAUUGAAGUUCGUAAGACUAAAAUGAUCAUUUGAUCCUCUUCUUACCAA